AUGAAUUAUGAAGGUGACCCAAAUACAAAAGUCAUCUCGACAUCAGAGGACGACGCUGUCGCAAAUAAUGUUACUCCAGUGUCCCCUACAAAACCUGUUCAUCAACAGGUCCAUUCAAGCUACCACCACGAUCAAUCUUCGUCAAAGCAACACAGAAAAAUAAAACAACCUCGUCAGCGUCAAAAGCGUCAUGACCAUAAAGCUGCGGACGGUGCAGAAGAUGUGUUUGAAGAUAUAGAUCCAAUCCACAACCCUUCGGAAGAUGAAAUCGUAAUACCAGAACAUUUGAUAUCCCAAGUUCAUACCAGCACAGCUUCAGAUAAGGAUAAACAAGAUAAACGAUUGAGUACCAUAACAACAUCGUCAUACACUAAAAAGGUGAAAAAGAAUUACGUUGGUCCUUGGAAAUUGGGUCGUACCUUGGGUCGUGGUGCUACGGGUCGUGUCAGAUUGGCUAAACAUUCAAGAACCGGCCAAUUAGCUGCUGUCAAAAUUAUUCCAAAGAGUACUUUCAAAGACCCUAGCAAUAGUGCUGCUGGCCUUACUGAUGGGAUCGAGAGGGAAAUCAUCAUCAUGAAGCUUAUAUCCCAUCCAAAUAUCAUGGCUCUUUAUGAUGUCUGGGAAAAUAAAGGGGAAUUAUAUCUCAUUUUAGAAUAUGUCGAAAAAGGUGAGCUCUUUAACUAUCUCGUUAAGCAUAUCAGACUCGCCGAACGUGAAGCUGUCCACUAUUUCAAGCAAAUAAUUGCCGGUGUCAACUAUUGCCACUCUUUCAACAUUUGCCAUCGUGAUUUAAAACCAGAAAAUUUAUUACUUGAUCGUAACCAUAAUAUUAAAAUCGCUGAUUUUGGUAUGGCAGCUCUAGAAGUAACCAAUAAGAUGUUGAAUACUUCAUGCGGUUCCCCCCAUUAUGCUUCGCCCGAAGUGGUUACUGGUGAAAGUUACCAUGGUGGCCCCUCUGAUAUUUGGUCUUGUGGGAUUAUUCUUUUUGCAUUACUCACUGGGCACCUACCGUUUGAUGACGAACAUAUGACUAAAUUAUUAGCGAAAGUUCGUUCAGGGAUAUUCAGAAUUCCAAGUUACAUUAGCGUAGAAGCCCGUGAUUUAAUAAAGCGUAUGUUGACAGUUAAUCCCGCUAAACGUAUCACAAUUGAAGAAAUUUUGGUCCAUCCUCUCUUAAAAAAAUAUCCUGACCUGGCGUCCUCUAGCAAGAAAAAUAAAAACUAUAUGGAACCACCAUUGCCAAAAGACAUUAUGAAAAAACCUAUUGCCCCAGAAACAAUUGAUAGGGAAAUUCUUAAAAAUCUUCAAACUUUGUGGCAUGGAGAGAAAAAAUCGAAAAUUGUUGAAAAAUUAAUGGCCAACGAAGAAAAUGCUGAAAAAUUAUUUUAUUAUCUAUUGUUGAAGUACCGUCAGGAACACGCAAUGGAAGCUGCCGCUCAAUCUGCCAAGUCCAAGGCGGCCAAAAAGAAGCAAAUUGUUCAAACCACUUCUGGCGAAACCACAGCUAGGGAUUUGAUUUCUCAAAACAAAUUGACAAUGACAAAAUCCAAGAGUAUUGUUUCAACAACCAUAACUGACGAGCAUGGUAACAAGACUACCCAAAUUUCCAAGGAGCCAUUGUCUAAAGCUGCUAAAGUUAGGAGCACAUCAUACAAGAAGCUUGCCAAUUCCAAAUAUUCAUUGCAUAAAAUUGAUAACUCUACAUCGCGCACUAACAACCUCACUGGCUCACAUACAAGUGCUAAUAUCGCUGGAGGGGCUGGCAACUCCGGCGCUAAUGUCAGUAAACGCAGAACUAGAGAUAUUGACGGUAACCUUGUGAUUUCUGCUUCUUCUAGUUACCGUAAAAGUAUUACCUUCCAUACUAGAGCCAAACUGACUAAUAGCUUCAAGUCUUUCAAGAACUUGAGUGGUUACAAUAGCAAUUACAAUAUGAAAACCUACCAAGGGAUUGAUAAUGUUGUCGCUUCAAGCACUACUAACAAGGCUUCCAGAAAUACCACUGCUCCUGCGGUCACCACCCCAGUUGAUAACAUUGCUUUUGACGAAUUGGACAAGGAAAAUAAUGCCCCUAACACAAAACGUGGCUCAGUCCAAUAUGAUUUCAAUUUCCAGAAAGCUGCUGCUGAAGCCUGCGCUGCCCAAAAGAAUUCAGGUCGCUCGAAUUCCAGAAUGACUAAGUCUGCUUCAAAAAGAGAUAGUUUUAAUGCCUUCAGUAUUGGUCUGAUUCCAAACUAUGCCGCCAUGUUGGAUCAAAUCGGAUUACCGGACUCCCCUAGCGGCAAGAGCUUAACUUCUCCGAAGAAGAAACAAAGAAAAUCAUUGAGCCAUACCGGUAGUAUAGGUGGCGGGAUUUCUGCUGGCCAUCAACGGAGGGGAGAUAGCAAUGGAAGUAUCAAAAAAUUGCUGAAUGUCUCCUCUAGGUCCAAGAGAUCCAUUUUGAAUAGUUCAACCAGCAAAAAGAAUAUCCGUUACUCAAUGAAGAAAGAAUGGAAGAAGUCAGCUGGGAUGCAUUUGCCUGACUUGCCAAAGGUUCCAGGAUCUGAAGAGCAUGGUGCUCCUCCAAGUCUGGCAGGUACUAUAGUCAAUAAUGAUGAUGAUGCUGAGAAUACCAGUGAUAAUACUAUCAACAAUCAGAAAUCUCCUAUUUCUUCCAAGACUCACAAAAAGGUUCUCGGCGCAGGUGAUUUUGGCCCAGGAUUAUCUAACUCUGAUUUUGCAUUCUUUUGUGAACAAGUGUUUGGCUUUGAUAAAGACAAUGGGAAGAAAACGGGGAAUAAUAGAGAUAGAAGAUCUUCUAUGUUUUCGCAGUUUCCAAACUAUAAGGAGUUAGAAAUUGAAUAUCAAAAAAGAGUUGAAGAAGAUCGUCGUCGUGAAGAGGAACGUGUGGCGGCAAUAGAACGGGCGAAUGAAUUAACCGAGAAAGUCAAAAUGAUGGUAAAGAAAGCCCAACAACUAGAAUUAGAGAACCAAAGAUUGAAGCAAGGUGCUACAGGUGACCAAAAACAUCGCAGUGUGUCAUUAUUCGCAGGCGAUGGUGAUGUCAAAUCUGGAAGUCCAGAAAAGUUAAAACAAAGAAGAGCCAUCAGUGAUUUUACUACCGGUGACGAUCAUAAUAGAGUUGACGAUACUGGGAAUUCGCCAGUGAAGUUCUCAAAGGCAAACAAAGCUGUUAAAAACAAGAAUGUUAUACCAAUGGGACAACUAAGCCAAAGCCAUUCAGGGAGUGCAAGUCCCUCCAAAAAGAAAGCAAUGGACAGAACUAAGACUGUUGCAAGUGAAAUGACUAAUAUCACUACAACCACCACAAAUACAGACAAUGAAAGUAGGUAUCAAGAUGCAGUGGAAACUAUGGCUCGUGAAGUGACUAAUACCAGUAGCACUUUCAGUUUCAAUUUUGGUGCUAAUAAGCGCAAUUCAAUCAUUUCUACUGAUUCCAGAAUGAGUGAUACCGGUAAGAAGACGAUUUUUGCGUUUGGACAAUAUGGCACAGCAGGAAUGGCUGGUCCUAGAUCUCCUUCUAUCGUUGAGGAAGGUUACGGCAAUGAGACCGAUCCGAACACCACGGGGUUGCAAUCAUUUAUUCAGAGCAAGAAUGUGACUCUGAGUUCUACAGAAUCUCCAGUAGCUAAGAAAUUCGAUCUGACUUCUGUUGCUUCCAGUUUUGACUUUGACAAAAGCAAGGCAACAGCUACAAAUGAUAUUAAGAUCAAGGAGUCUGCUGUAGGGAAGAAGAAGAAUGAGUUGAAUAAUAAGCAUACCACCGAUAAAAUCAAGCUGGCUCAAAACUCCAGUAUCAUCAAGGGCUCCAGUAAUCCGCCUACCUCCAAUGCAAAAAUCUCAUUGAUUCCUCAGCGUGACGCUCCGAAACCUCCUCUGUCUAAGAAUUCGGUAGCAUCCCCAGUUUCUACCACUGCCACAAUCACUACCUCUUCCAAGAAUACUCAAACCAGUGUUAAGUCUGUGGUUGCUAAGAGUAAUAAUCUUGUAGUCAAGGCUAAUGCCACCACUACCACCACCACCGGUUCAGGAUUUACUUCCCUUUCUGCCACACCUGGUACUCCUACCACUGCCACUACUAGCACCACCGUUGCUGGCAUUACUGGAGAAAAGAAAACUCAAGAUAAUAACACUGUUGACCAAAAAUCAAAGACAAGCCAAGGCUCUAUGAUCAAACCUUCCACUAUCACAGCUAAAGCCAAGCUCGGUAGUCUUGAGAAAAAUGAACAGUCUGAUAUUGAUGGGUCGUCAUCAACGAUUACCAGCCCAACCGUGGAUCUUGCUCCUCUGGUUGACACUGAUAUUGUUGAAUCUAAGGGCUCUAAGGCUCCUUCAAUCAAGACUAUGUCCGAAUCUAUCAUCACCAAUCCAAAAGUGAAGCAAAGUUGGUUUUCUAAAGUCAUCAAUAAUUUUGUGCCAUCAUCAUCUUCAUCAUCGGUAUCUUCAACCCUCUCUUCUACCAGCUCUUCAGAGGAGGAAUUUAGGUACGAGUCAUUCUUGUCUGUUGAGGAUGUUCAGACAUUGAUUCGUAAUUCAUUAGCAUUACGACUUAAGGAAGGUAGUGUUCUGAAGGUGAAAUUCGAAUCUAAUAGUAUCUACACGGUUGUUCCAGCCAAGUUGGCGGGCAGCAGAUCUUUGAAAGUAAAAAUCAUCAUUUUGCCUUUGAGAAUAAAGAAGGGUACCGAAUAUGUGGAAAAGGCCGGUCAAAAAAUACUUAGUGAUAAGAAAAAGUGUGUGGUUAUUGUUAACCGUGAAAAGGGUCCAAGCAAGGCAUUUGCAAGAAUGGGACAAACUAUUCAAUUUAGUAUUCAAACUGAGGAAACUCAAUUUAGAACUAGAGAAAGUAGAUUGACCAAUGUUAGAUAA